GCCGAACCAAAUAGAACAAGGGGGAGCCGCAGGAUUAUACCAACUUAUCAACAAAUUUAGGGCAUGGAAACCCGGUAGGUCAGUGCUAAAAUUAGGGGCUGGUGCUUCAACGACAGCAGUCAAACUGCCGUGCAUAAAGUCAUGUAAAACCAGGGGAUACACUAUCACAAGGGCUGGCAGUAAAGACAAGGUUUCCAUGGGUGACAUUUAACGCCACACGUUGACUGAAGAGGCACUGUGCGUUACGCAGCGACAGCGCUGGAUCAUCACUGACCACAGCUGCGCAAAUCAUGAGUAUUUGGUAGCUCUUUAGAGACGCCAUAUGUAGUCUUCGGCUCCUUUGAGUUUUUACGUCUGUAAAAAUAAUUUUAAAAAAAUGUCUUUUUUGACCAUACCAAGCCAAGAGGGUCUUUUUAAAACGAUAAAAACAGGCAAAUUAGGCGAGGACGCAGAUAGUAGGUCACCAAUGGACGCCGAAGAUAACCAGAAUGAUGACGAUGAUGAUGAUGACACCGAGGACGUCCGCUUCAUCCCAAGAUGCUCCCCGGUGCCCAGAAAGCGAGGUGCGUCAAUUUUCGAUGAGACCGCUGAGUAUAUGCGGAUCCACUUGGCGCUGUCCGCCGGGAAGAGAGUGUCAUUUGCCGACACAACAGGUGGGGAUUUGGUGGAUGUGAAGGAAUUUGUUGCCUUUGAUUCGGACGAUGAAGACUCUAUUGCAAAGUGGGACGAAGAGGAGGCAAAGUAUCGGAAGCCUGAGCGAGAGCCGAUCUAUCAUGUGCUCCCAGAGUUUCAUGCACCCACCGGUAAUGCUCUGCUGCAGGCUGUGCGCACCAAUAAAGUGGAGGUUGAGCAGAUGUCUCCAGCUGAGAACGAUCCUCUCGCCUUCACAGGGGUAAUACGAGUGCUGAACAUUUCCUUCCACAAAGCAGUUUAUGUCAGAUCGACAAUGGACAAUUGGGCCACUUACUUUGAUCACCCAGCAGAGUAUGUCCCGGGAUCUCACGAUGGAGAAACUGACAAGUUCUCCUUCAAGCUGUCUUUUGCGCCACCUUAUACCACACAUGGCUCUCGCAUUGAGUUCGUUGUACGCUAUGAAACCUCUGAUGGUGAUUACUGGGCUAAUAACUCCUCUAUGAACUAUGUGGUGACUCUGCUCCUGACCUAUGAAGAUGAUUCAGCUCAUACAAACAUCAACACACAGGAAAUGAAAAGUAUCCUGAAACCUCCAAAAGCUUACAGUAUGAACAAUGAUUCAGAGGAUGAACUGGAAAAGGAAGAAGAAGAAGCAGGGACCUCUGAGGCUCGUCCGGGACUUCUGCGGCCUACGCCUGUGUGUCCCGUCAUUGUAAAGCCGGAGAUUGAUGUAGAGCAGAUCGCAGCUCACCCGUCUGGUCCCUUUGUCCCACCCAACCAAGAGCUUCCAUCUGACGAUGGCACGCUGUCCGCUCACACUGUAUUCCCAGGUGAACAGUUUCCUUCUAUAUCUUCCCAAACCACACAUCAAACUAAUUCAUCCUUUGUACUCUGUGCCAGCGAAUCAGUCCAGCCAAAUAAGUCACAGCCUUUACCCAGACUCCACUGUGAAUUAGGCAACCAGACGUCUGAGCAGCGCGUAGACAGUAGUCCCUCUACACCGCCGCCUGCCUCACAUCCUUUUCUGCAACGAGACUCCAAACCCAGAUCAGACAUCUCCCAGACUGGCAGAGAGGAAAUCCCUUUAGAAGCAUCUUGCAUGUGUCUUCCUGCCACAGAGACAACGACAGGAGAGGAUGGAGCUGGAGAAAAACCAGCCAGUCAUCCUUGCCUUGAACUGCCUGCUGAGCGUGCCUGUACUCCCAGUGUGACACAGGGCUUUGAGCGAGACGUUGCUGUGGGAAUGAGCGAACCUGUUGAAGGAUUAUCAGAAAGUUCCAGCAGGUCUGCAGCAAAUCAUGAAGCCAGUACGCCUGCACUUUUGUCUCCCGUGGCUGAGACUCAGACAUCUCUGAAAGCAGAAGGUGAAGCUCUACCAUCACCCGAGCUUCCAGAGAACACCUCAGUGAGUACAGGUGUCACUGAGGUGAGUGAAAACGUAACUCAGUCUGUCUUAGCCUUGGAAGAGAAGGAAGAAGCUGCACAUAUUUCCCCCGAUACGUCAUUAGAGAAUGAACCAAGCACAGCGUCAGAGUUUUCCGAGCCCCAGUCUGAGCAUAACAGAAACAGGAAUCUUCUGCCAUCUGUCAUAUUUCUGAGUGGAGUUGUCUCCCUCUCGAUAGUGUUGCAGGAACCCACUGCCCUCUUCCUAAUUGGACUAAUUUUCGUUUUGUGCCGUUUGUGAUUUUGCCCCAAAUCUUCUGUCAAGCUAAGUGCCUUUUCAUGGUUUUAAAAUAAGCCAUCAAGCUAAGCAACAUGCACACAAAGUCCUCUUGAAGUCAUGCUUAUUUUAUGCAAAGUCAAAUAGAAGGAGAAAGUAAUUAUGGCGAUAUUUUCGUACACAUUGUGUUUUCUAUAGAUAUAAUAAUAAUCACCCCAUUUGUACAACAUUGUGAACCUAGUAUUAAAGCACAGUGUAGUAUUAGAGCUGUUUUGUAAGUGAUCACUAAUCACUAACCUUUUCUUGUCAUGUGGAGAGUCUCUGUGGUGUUAUGUUCUAGUUUAUUUAGUCACUAUCACAAUGCACUUUCACUGUUGUCAAUGUAGCAAAGCCUGUUGUUUAAGGACUUUGACUUUUGUGAAUUUCAAGUCGUUAUCGCUUCAAAAACGAAACAAAAGAACAACAGAAAGAUUACCCUAGUGGUAAAUAUAAGAGACUUACUAUAAAAAUGGGAUUUUGUUUACAAAAUGCAAAAGAAAAACAUGGUCAUGUGUGUGUGUUUUUGCCUUAAUACUUAGUGAAAACAAGACGGAAAUGGUAGCCGCUUGAGCGACAGCAAAACAAGUGGAAAACUGUUCACCUCACCGUGGCACUUUUCAUUUCACAGGUCUUCCUUCUUGCUCGUAAAUGCAUAUUAUUCUUGUUGUAGCGCAGCACUCAGCUCGUAACAUAAUAGACAAUCUCACAGACAGACGGAGGCACUGAUUGAUACGUUUGGAGUGGUGAAAGUUUUUGCAGUGUAUUGCCAUUAAACAUGGUCUCAUAUCCUGUACCACUUUGUGUCUUUGCUUAUCUGUGUUUUUCUUUUCAUGCAGUCUGCAGAACAAACACGAACAACACGACAGCUUUAUGCACAGUAAUGACACUGCGGUGCAGAACAGAUCGCAUUGAAGGCACUGACACACCUUUAAAAUAACAUCAGAGCCUUCAGCGCCUCCACAACUCGAGCGUAUUCAGCUUUGCUUGAAGUGGAAAUACACAGACAGCAACAUGAGCUGCGGAUAGAAGCCAAAGGUCAGGCAUUGCACUGAAGUCAUGGCAGCUUAUAGUAUACACUGGCCACUGUAAGCUGAGCUCAGUGUUUGAAGGCUGAAAAUUCUCUGGAAAUCUCCUCGGAUGUUAUACGAUAAGACGGCACCUCUCGUCAGGUCUACCUCUUAUAUUUAGGACUUAGUCUUAAUAUUUUAUCUUCAUUUUUGGCCAAAUAAAGCUUUAAUAACUUUAAACUUUUGAUCCUUGGAUGUUAGGCACUCUGUGGAUUAUAUGCAGAUUACGCAUUAGCCUUAAAACAGAGUAUUCAUCCAAGCACAUUUGUAUUUUGCAGAUUUCUGCAGGGAAAAUAGCAGGAGUAACUAAUUUGUGUGGUGGUCACACACAUGCAGGGUGGAAAACAUUAAAAAUUUAGGCAAUCUGAAAGCUGUCCCAAGCAGGAUAACUGGUGGGAAUUUUAUAAGACCCACCCUUUGGAAUAAUUACUGUUUUUUUCAGGUAGUCCAUGUUAAGCAGUGAUUUCAAAAGGAGAUCUGCGAGCGCUGUGGCAAUAUUAAGAAACAGCAGCUAGAAGGGCAUCGUUUUCCACCCAGGGUGUGGCGUCACCCUCAGCUUGUUUGAACAGAGGUAUUUCAUCACGAGAAGCAAUUGCAACAGCAGGAGUACCAGCUUUUAUUUAAAUAUUGUCUGUGACAGUGAAAUCCUCCAAGACAAGACAAAUCGGAUUUUCCAUAAUACCCCUCCUUUAACUUGUCAUUGUACUCCUCCAAGCGUGGCCUGUGAAUGUUUAUUGGUUUUAUCAGGUCCAUCACAGUUAUCAUUUCACACAUAUUUGCCCGUUUAGUCCUUUUUUUAUUUUUUUUGUUCAGACGUUUCCAUUUCCCAGAUCCACAGAUUUCAUUAAACCCCCUCAAAACAUUUAUUAAAUGGAGGAUAAAAACAAAUGAAAAGAAAUGCUUCGAUGUUCAGUAUUGUGCACUUAUUUUUAGGCUGUACGCCUAAAGCUGUGAGCCUCUAAUAUAUAGUUGUCAUUAUUAUUGACUGUUGUCCUUCAGAAGGCUUUUUAAUAUCAUGCAUCAGUGUUGUGAAAACAUUUGAGCUUCUUUUCAACCAAAGGAUCCAUGAUCCUAACACUAAUAAUAAGCGUAUUUCAUGUCACCUCUGUUUAAUAUCAAGGAAAGUUAAUAAGCCUCAUUAAAUGGAUACAAAAAUUCUAAUUUAUCAUUUUCAUUCGGCUUUGGUUUACUUGUACACUGGUGUUCAAAGACCCAGAACUUUAUUCUGUAACAGAUGAUGGCAUCUUAUGGCAUCUGCCAUUGCCAGAAAGAAACAGAAGGCCUUUUGUGACCUUCAGGUUGCCUUAAUGUUUUACGUUUGGAAACACAAACUAUCAGUUAAAUAUCUAACCUCAGCAUUGUGCUGCUGUCAAUGUUCAACUAAGCACUGUUUGUGCCUGGUGAACAUUUAGUUCUGUUUAUAUGUUUGAAAUGACAAACUGAAGCUUCUGAUUACAUUCAUCUAUACAUGCUGCGUUAGAUUAAAGCUCAUUAUAAUAUUAGCUAGCUUUGCCUUCAUAAUUUAAUUCCUAUUUUGUUUUAGCUGAUGCACUUUUCUUUA